AUGACUAACGAUAAGCAGUUUGUUCGUUUCUGCUCUUCUGCAAACUACUUGGGUCAAAAGUUAGAUAAAAUGUUUAACUAUAUCUUUGCUUUUGGUUGUUGGAGGUGUAGAAUGACUUCUGUAAUUUUAGUUCCACCAAGAACUGUUUAUGUUGAGUCAAAGAAGGAGAGAGCCAAGCAACAAUGCAUACCAGAAACAGAGAAGGAAGAAAAGCUUGUUACCAGUUAUCAAGGCAUAUACAAGCAAUUUGUGGAAACCAUGAGAAGUUUGAAUGUCGCUGUUAUUGGAACAGUUGGAAAGCCAUUUGAUCCCUCUUUUCGUGAGGCCAUUACACGUGAAGAAUCGCAACAAUUCAGGGAAGCAAUUAUAAUUCAAGAAGUUCACCGUGGGUUUCCACCUCAUGGAGAUCUAGUUUUACAACCAGCCAAGGUUAAAGUCAAACCGACGACUACAGCUGAGGAAUCUAGCAAAACUGUAACAGCUGGGCUAGAUGAAAGUUCAAACGGGUAA